AUGGCAGAUAGCGGCGUGGUCUUCAAGCCGAAAUUCGAGAACAAAGUUGCCAUAGUAACAGGAGGAUGUCAGGGUAUAGGCAGGGGAUGUGUUGAUGUAUUGGCUGCGAAUGGUGGAAAAGUAGCUGUUAUUGACAUUGAUGACGAUACCGGAGAAACGUUGAAAACAGAUGGUCCUGGACAGAUAUUGUUUGUUCAUUGUGAUUUAGUGAAGGAAGACGAUAUAAAGGCAGCCAUACAUACAGUGAUCUCAAAGUUUGGAAAAAUAGAUUGCCUUGUCAACAACGCUGGAUGGCAUCCUCCAGCAAGCAGCAUCGAUGGUUUUUCAGCUGAGGAUUUUCGUCAGUUGUUGGAUUUGAAUCUCGUUGCUUAUUUUCUAACUAGUAAGUACGCGUUGCCGUAUCUGAGACAGUCCUCUGGAAACAUUGUGAAUAUAUCAAGUGCCGUUGCUAUCUGUGGUCAAGCUGAUGCUGUGACAUAUACAACAACUAAAGGAGGAAUAAUAGCUAUGACUAAAGCGUUGGCAAUUGACGAGGCAAAACAUGGCGUCCGGGUUAACGCAAUUUCUCCGGGUUCGACCUGGACACCACUUCUUGAAAAGUUAUUGAAACCUAUUGACGACAAGGAGGCUGAAGUAGCCAGAUACGAGGGUCAGAGUUUACUACGGCGACUCGGGGAUGCCCGUGAAAUUGGCAAGGCGUGUUUAUUUCUGGCUACCGAUGCAACAUACACAACAGGCGAGAAUUUAAGUUGUUCUGGAGGUAUGGAGGUUGGGUUUGGACAGAAAUGCUGACGCUGUUUAAACUAGUUGUCUUCCAUAACAUGCUGACAUGUAUUAUUUCUUCGUCAGGAGCGAUGUAGCCA